ACAAUGGAGCGUGCGGAGAGCUGCGGCAAGAGCGUGACGACGAGUGAGGAGGAGGAGGUGAUGCCGGAGUCGGAGGAGGGAGAGGUGAUGAUGAUGCAGGAGCAGGACGGUGGUGCGGCGGCGGCGGCGGAAGCCAUGGCGCCGGCGCAGAUCGACGUGAGGAUGGACGUGGCGCUGCUCCACUGCCAGGCCUGCCUCCUCCCCCUCAAGCCCCCCGUCUUCAAGUGCGAGGCCGCCGGGCACGUGGUGUGCUGCUUCUGCCGCGCCGGCCACGCGGGGCUCUGCAGCCGCGCCAGCGCCCACUGCGGCGAGCUGGACGUCGUCGUCGGCGCCGUCAAGGUGCCCUGCCCCUACAGGGCGUUCGGCUGCGACCGCUACCUGGUGUACCACGAGGCCGCGGGCCACCAGCGCGCGUGCCGGUGCGCGCCCUGCUCCUGCCCGGAGCCCGGCUGCGUCUUCGUGGGCUCCCGCGCGACGCUCCUCGGCCACUUCGCCGCCGGCCACCAGCGCCCCGCCGUGACGGUCCGCUACGGCCGGGCCUGGAACCUCGGCCUCUCCCUGGCGCAUCGCCGGCACGCGCUCGUCGGGGAAGAGGACCGCAGCGUGUUCCUCGUGUCCCUGGGCCCGCUCGGCGCGGCCACCGCCGUGUCGCUGCUCUGCGUCAGGCCGGACGGCGAGGACGGGGCGGCGCCCCGGUUCUGGUGCAAGCUCUCCGUGGAGCGCCCGGCGGGCGACGGCAAAGACAACCUGGUCCUCAUGGCCUCGGCGGUGAGCAGCAGCGCGCUGUCCACCGGCGCGCCGGCGCCGGGGCAGGGGAUGUUCUUGGCGGUGCCCCAGGAGCUGAUCUCCGGCGACACGCUCACGCUCAGCGUCCCGAUUGAUCCGAUCCAGCCUGCUGCUGCCGCUGCCGGCGGCGCUCCCAGGUCCGCUACACCGCAGGCCAGGACGCCGAGGAGGAUGCAGUGACUGAAGUAUGCGUUUGAUUAUGCUACAAGUUAGAUGG